UCCAGCCGAAGGGAAUCAACAAAACCGGUGCUUUCACAAGUCAUAACCACUGUGGUUCAUGGUCCUCGGCAAGUCUAGUUCAGAGCGUUGAAGAGCUUAAACGACCAUUAAUGGCGAUGACGGUUAAAGUGCCUAUUCGUAUCGGUAUUCGAUACGAAUAGACCUGCAGCAAACCAGCAACGAUUUCAGCAUCCACGUCUCUGUCCGUCUGUCUAAAGGGAAAAAAAAGAGUGUCGAUACUUUUGCCUUUUAGCCAUUUUGUAUUGACUUACUUGGAGGGAUCUAGUCCGUUAAUUGCUGGUCGGCUAGGGUUUCUGCUAUUAAACAAUGUCUUUUCGGAUCACGCCAAUGGAGUUCCGAUAUUAGUUUUGUUUUAUAGGGGUUUGGAACCACUGCGAUGGUUGAUGUACGACUUCUGCUUUAAAAUGAGUUCUAGCGAUCGACUUGGCAUCUCUGCGUCGUCUCUGUGUUAAAUUCAUGAAAGCGGAUUCUGAGAACUUGAUGUUGUGAUCCUGCAAUUAGGUGUUUGUAGGUGUAUGUUGUAUAAAUGCCAGAAGUUACAGCAUCGAAGUCAUGGCGAGAGGAGCUCGCAAGCCUUGUGGAGGACACAGGGAUAAGAUACGCCGGCGACGGAAUUGGAACCACUCCAGCUGCUCUGGAAACGAGAAGGGCGGAUUUUAUAGGUGUCGAGGGGCUCGAAGGUGAUGGUGCUGAAAUAGAGAGCCUAAAGGAUCAGGUUAAAGGAUUUCUGAAGUCUGUAGCCGAAAUGCUUCAGGAGUUGGCCAGGGGUUGCAGGGAUAUAGUGCAACAGAAUCUUGGGAAUGAGGACUCGUAUAUUGUUAAGAAGUUGGGAGGGCCUUGGGCGAAGGUUUCUAGUAGGCUAAGCUUCAUGAACGAAUUCUUGCCGGAGGACCGGGAUCCUGCUCAUGCCUGGCCGGUGGUGUUCUUCGUCUUCAUCCUUGCACUUGCAGCAUUGGGCAUAAAUACUGGACAUGAUAGUACAAUUCCAGUGACAAAGAAAGUAAAAAUACAUCCCCCAAGUGCUACACGCUUUCAACUUCUGGAUGGAAGGUACAUGGCAUAUCAUGAGCAAGGCGUUUCAGCUGACCGGGCUAGAUUCUCUCUGAUUGCUCCACAUUCCUUUCUUUCUUCCCGAUUUGGAGGGAUACCUGGAAUUAAAACAUCACUUCUAGAGGAGUUUGGUAUUCACAUGGUCACAUAUGAUCUUCCUGGUUUUGGAGAGAGUGAUCCUCAUCCUGACAGGAAUCUUAAUUCAUCUGCCUGGGAUAUUUUGUCCAUAGCAAAUGCUGUUGGUGUUACUGACAAGUUCUGGGUGGUGGGUCACUCAAGUGGAAGCAUCCAUGCUUGGGCUGCACUGAGAUAUAUUCCUGAUAAAAUUGCUGGUGCAGCCAUGUUUGCUCCAAUGGUUAAUCCUUAUGAUUCAGCAAUGAGUAAGGAAGAGAGACAAAGAACUUGGGAAAAAUGGACAUUUAGAAGGAAAAUGAUGUACUUUCUAGCCCGGAGGUUCCCAAGAUUUCUUCCUUACUUCUACAGGCAGAGCUUCCUAUCUGGAAAGCAUGGUCAACUUGACAAGUGGUUAUCACUGUCACUAGGAAAGAAGGACAGGAUUCUGAUAGAGGACCCAAACUUUGAAGAAUAUUGGCAAAGGGAUGUGGAGGAAUCGAUCUGCCAAAGAAAUCCAAGACCAUUUGUGGAAGAAGCAGUAUUACAGGUGUCAAAUUGGGGUUUUAGCCUUGCAGACCUUCAGGUACAGAAGAAGCGUCAAGGGAGAGGUAUCCUCCCUUGGCUGAAAUCCAUUUACAGUCAAGCUGACCUGGAGUUGACAGGAUUUCUUGGACCAGUACACAUAUGGCAGGGGAUGGAUGAUGGGGUUGUGCCACCAUCAAUGACCGACUUUGUACGUCGGGUUCUACCAGAAGCCACAGUGCAUAAGCUCUUUGGUGAGGGCCACUUUUCAUAUUUCUGUUUCUGCGAUGAAUGUCAUAGGCAGAUAUUCUCUACUCUUUUUGGAACACCACAAGGUCCACUCAACAGGACAAUGGAAUUGGAUCAAACCUCUUUUGGGGGAAUGGAUGCACCUGAUGAGGUGUCCCUUACGAUUGAUUCUACCACGUACUGAAGUAUAACUUGGUUUAACUUCAAAUUUUCUGGUAUAGAUCUGAAUCAACAAGGAAAGAAAAGGAACUUGUGUAAAUACCACUGUUGUGCUUCAUUUUCUCAUGGAGCAAAAGUGCCUACAAGUUUAGUCAUUUUUUCCCAUUUCUACAUCCUCACGGGCGGGUGAUGAGCAUGGACUACAUGGAGAGUUUUGAAUGAGAUAUCAAGCAAAGUCAGAAGAAUUGGAGCAAUUUCAAUCUGUGUUGCUUCCUUGUCAUAGAAAUGGUUAUUCUAAUUCGCAGCUCUUAUUAUAUUCUUGUAAAAUUUUGAAUUCGACAAGCAUUUCUGUACUGCAAGGUUCUUAAGGAACAAAAGUGGAAUGCAGUUACCAUAUAAUACGACCUGUUAAAGUUAUUUUUGUGCC